CGAACUUCGCGUUGCAAAUAAAAAAUUCAAUACAGCUCAGGUGCAGACGUGUUUCUUCUUUCUACCGCACCUACGUUACCCACAUACCUCUUUCGUUCUCUAUAACUUGACUACAUAACAAUGGACGGCGGAUUUUUCGGUAACAAUGACUCAUCGUUCAAUUCCGGUGGUGGCAGCACUUCAUCGCGGAAACCAAUGGGUGAACAAACCUUACGCGCAGUAACUGUGAAGCAGCUUGCCAAUUGCACCAUUACACAAGAAGGCACCUUCAAGGUCGAUAACGUGGAUCUCACUCAGGUCACGUUUGUUGGUGUUAUUCGAAACGUUACCGAGUUAUCGACCAAUAUUUCUUACGCUGUUGAAGACGGUACUGGUAAAAUUGAAGUACGCCUUUGGCUCGAUCAGAGUGAAACUGCCGAAGACGCACAAAAACGACGAGACCUGACUGAAGAUACAUAUGUUCGUGUGUUUGGACGACUCAACAACUUUAACAACAAGGUCAAUGUGGUAGCAUUUACUAUUCGACCCGUUAAAGAUUACAAUGAGAUCAACUAUCACUUUGUCGAGGCAACAUUAACACACGUCAAAUUCACAAACCCCGCCGGAGGAUCGGGUAACGGUGAUGCGAUGAUGGUUGACCAAGGCGCAGGAGCAUCUAGUGCCCUUGGUAAUGCGCUUCACGACAAAAUUAUGGACGUCCUCAAGCAGUACCAUGACUUGGAUGAAGGUGCAAACAUUCAUCAGGUUGUCCAUCAGUUGAGCAACGUCUCAAGCGAAGAUAAAAUCCGAGAAGCGAUCGAAUACCUCAUCAAUGAAGGCCUUUGCUACACAACCACUAAUGAUGACCACAUUAAAUCCACGGAAUCCUACUAGCCUUUUUCUUUUCUCGUUUCUCUCCAUCAUAUUUCCCCUUUGCAGCAGAGUAUAUUAGUUUUAAAAAAAAUUAACCGCCUCAAACACACAUAUAAUUACUCUCAGCACUCACAAAAUAUAAAAAUGCAAAUUCUUUUUUAUUCUGUACAAUCAUAGAUAUCCUUUGUGCGAUGAUUGGUCAAGAGAAAGUGUAUAUUCA